GUUCAAUUAAUGCGACGUUCGUUACAAAGAAUCGCAGGUUGUAGUAAGUCUUUGGCAUGUCAACAGAAUCAAGUUCAACUUCUACAAGUAAUAGAGAUGUUCCUCGAGAACUACGUACAGAGACAAAUUCUAAUUCCGGCCAGGAUUUUGAUGUUAUUGACGCCGUCAGUUUAUUCAACAGCAGGUUAGACACCGCCCUUGAAAAGCAAAAAACUCUCAUUCUUUCUGAAAUACAAGAUAAGCUUAAACCAACAAAUACAUUUGAGUUCCGCGGAGAAGGAAACAAAAUACAGUUUCAGUUUAAUGAGGAGAGAUUGCGAGGUUUAGAACUGUUAUCACAAAAACUCAUCUCUGGCGAUUUCAGCGGUGUCACAGAUUUAAUUUCCUCCGAGAAAGAGGCCAUUCGUCAACGAAACAAGAUAUUACGAAUAGCUGAUAAACAUGGGUGGGACACGGUUAAGGAGUAUGUGGAUUCUGAUAUUGCUGACAAUAGCGAGGAUGCCGCCAGACUGCGCUCCGCUAUUUCAAGAGCCGCCAACAAGAAACGUAAAUCUCCUUACGACAGACCCGUUUUCCCUAAAACUUCAGGAGUGUUCGAUGGUUUGUCCUCUAGGCAGCUUUUUCUCGGCAGUGCAAAAUUCAACUACCGCCAGCAGUUCAACCCUAGAUUCAUUGCGCCCAGUUCGGCAAAUUACAGAAAUCCCCUACAAACACAAGUCGCAAACAUCGUCUGCCACUACUGUCGACUCCCGGGCCAUUUUGCAAGAUUCUGCCCGUACACUCAGCAACUCCAGUGCUCAACCCCCCAGGGAACCCAAACAACAGCACUCGUUCCAACAUCAACAGCAAACCAGCAAUGAAGUUGAAAUUUGACGAAUUAUCAAGGCCAAUGGAUAAAUAUUGACAAGUUUAAAG